GUCGAGCGCGACCAGUGACAUUAAAAAUCCAUGGAUGGCCUGGCUGGACCUAUUUGACACCAACAGCCACCAUCUCCUCUGCUUCUUUCCCUUGUCUUUCUCUCUUUUUAGCUCAGGCCUCAUUCUGUCCGAUCAAUCUCAUUGCCCACGUUGGAGAGCACUUCAUGGGGAGGCACUCUUGCUGCUACAAGCAGAAGCUGAGGAAAGGCCUGUGGUCGCCCGAUGAGGACGAGAAGCUCUUCAACCACAUAACCAAGCAUGGCCAUGGAUGUUGGAGUUCUGUCCCAAAGUUUGCAGGUUUGCAGAGGUGCGGGAAGAGCUGCAGGUUGAGGUGGAUAAACUACCUGAGGCCUGAUCUCAAAAGAGGCAUGUUCUCAGAGGAGGAGGAGGGGCUCAUAAUUGAACUCCAUGCAGCGUUAGGCAACAGAUGGUCGCAGAUUGCCUCAAGGUUGCCUGGAAGAACCGAUAACGAGAUCAAGAACUUCUGGAACUCCUGCAUCAAGAAGAAGCUGAAGCAGAAUGGCAUUGACCCUGACACCCACAAGCCACCCAAAGAGGAUAACCCCCACAAGGAUGAGCCAGUCGCUCCAUCAAUCAUCGAGAAUUCAGAUUUGUCCAACUCCGGGACGUCCGAAAGCCAGUCCUUGAGCCAGAGCCUGCCGCUCCGGUUUGAGCAAAGCGACAUGGCUCUGAAUGUGAUUCCUGAGUUCAGUACUGGCUACAACAACGACAACACUCUCACUUCAAUUAUGAAUCUCCCUCAAGAUGCUUCAUUUCAGCCUUUCCAGUACUUGGAAGGUGGUAUCGAUGUUAAUCCGAGUAGCAGCAGUGGGAGCAGUGGGAAUAGCAGCAGCGCAAUGCAGUUGCAGAGCUACUUUCCAUGGUCAGAGUUGCUGCCCGAUGGAGGUGCUGAAAUCCACAUCGGAGAUGAGCCAGAGGACCUCAAGUGGUCAGAGUACCUCAAUGGCACCAUUCGAUGCAUGUACGGGAUGCACAAAGAUAGCAGCAUUUGAAUUCUUGGCACCGUGAUUGAAUAAUUGAAAGACGUGUUGAAUUUGUAAGGUGUGUGAAUUGCGUGCCGUAGAUUUUUUAUUUUUUAUCCUCCUCAUGUACAGAAGGACUACUCAUCAUAUCACAGUUCUUAGCUAUGUGAACUUUGAACUUGGCAGAAAAUAAAAGCCUUCUGCUCUGGCAGAUUGAUGUUGCUUUUC